AAUGUCUGAUUCUCCGCAGUAAAACAUUUGCUUCAGCGCAAGUUAUGUCUGCUUCAGCGCAGUAAAAUGUCUACUUAAGUGUACUAAAAUGUCUGCUUUAACGCAGUAAAAUGUCUUCUUCCGUGCAAUACAAAUUAUUUGCAACAACGCUCAACAAAAUAGACGAUUACUAUUUUUUAAUUCUACCAUAUGUGUCAUUUUGGGGUUUACAACAUUAUGGUUUAUAAUAGCAAUACAAACUUUAAUUCGAUAACAAAUUUGAAUUUACUUAAAUGGUCAUACAUAUACAAGUGCCAUAAACAGAUUGUAUAUUUCAUAUGCGAAUGUUAACAAUAAUACCAUCAUAUAAUAAUUGAUAUGCGGUAAAUAAUUGCAUUGUUGCAGUACUUCAUUUUUUCAAUAUAAAUAUUAUAUGGGCAAUAAAUAUUAACUUAAAAAUUUCUCACAGCUGGUAUGGCUGAUGACAGCUUCACUUGAAAAGAUUACAUUACAUUAUCUUAUUGAUUAUCGGUUUCGGAGUAUUACUUAACUGUAAACAACGUUCAUGUCAGUUAUGAAAUGAACAUGAUCAAGUAAACACAACUGUAAUUAAUAGUGAUUUUUCUAACAGUAGGAUGGAAAUUUUGAAUAGUAUGCAGAUGGUGAUAUAAAGACAGGUGCUUGUUGAUAGAAAUGAGCAAAAUUCGAUAAAUUAAUUACCAAUAGGUGUUUAAUAAACAUUUAUUUGUCUACUGCUGGUGUCAUCUGGUAAUUUGAAACAAACAACGAAAUUGAUUUCUUCCAGUUUGAAUAGUUCUGUUUAUGGCGUAUUGUAACCUGCUUUUGAUAUGUCAGCUGUAAUAAAAUUUUAUACAUAAACCAUUUUAUAAUAAUGGUUGAAGUGGAUCAACGGAACAGAGUCGUAUUUCUUGGCGCUGGUGGAGUGGGUAAAAGUUCAGUGUUACAGAGAUUUUUGUUUGGAACUUUCAGCGAAAAGUACAAAGAAACAGUUGAAGAUUUGUUUCCUAACGAAUAUGAUAUUAAUAGUAUUAAUUUCAAAGUUGAUUUUCUAGAUACUGCCGGCAAUAUUGCUUUCCCAGCAAUGCGGCGCCUCUCAAUUGUAAACGCUCACGGCUUUGUGUUAGUUUAUUCUAUCACAAAUGAACAAACAUUUGAAGAAGUCAAACAAUUAUGGGAGCAAAUUAAGGAAGUGCGAGAAAAUUAUCAGGAAAUUCCGUGUGUAAUUGUUGGAAAUCAUUUAGAUGAGGAAAAUAAUAGACAAAUUGAAAGAUUUGAUGCUCUUAACUGGGCAUACAAUGAGGACUUAGGUGGAGGGUUUAUUGAAGUGUCUGCCAAAAAUGACGUCGGAAUAGCUGAUGUUUUCCGUCUGUUGUUACAACAAGUUAAAAAGCCACGUGUCAAACACCCUGAUCGCUUUUUGCUCCGAAGAAUCAGUGUGCAGUCACUGGAAUGUCCGGAGACGGGUAAAACAAACCCAGAAGAGUUCAGUGCAGCGGAAAAAUCUAAGUUUUCACGAUGUAGUCGAAGUUUAAUUCGAAGAUCAAGUAAACCUAAAAUGAAACGUUCGACGAAACAAAACGAUGAUUGUUCUAUUUCUUAGCUUUUGUACGUCUGUUUAAAAAAAAAAUGUAUAUAUCAAAUUAAAAUACAGAUAUUGGCUACCAAAUGUGCUUAAAACUUUUAAAAGGACUAUAUUAUGCAAUGUGAUAAUUUUGUAUAACAACAGAAGAAAAUCGAAUAAACGGUACUUGUCCUUGAAAUGGUUAUCAAUCAUAUAGGCUUGCUCAGUGUUUAAUAUUAUAUAAUUUAUAUAGUAUUGAUGUGGGGUAUCUAGUCAUGUCCUUUUUUUAUUAUGAAAAACUAUAAAUUUAUUAUCGGUAUGGAUUAUGUAUAGUGUUCAGUGCAUGUAUGUAAUGUUGAUGUGACAGUCAUUGCGUAACACGUCUUUUUAAACUAAAUCAUAAAACUUUGUUUAAGAUGGGACUAUUUCAACUUUUGUUAAAUAUUAUUUCACAUUUUUUCAGUUGAAUUUAACUUUUUUGUCGAGUUCAAAUCAAUAUUCAUGCAUAUAUUAAAGAUGAUGUCAGGAAACAAUCAAGCCAACAACGCUAGGUCAGUUGAGGAAAACUACAAAAUCUUGUUAAAUAUAUUUCAAAUAAGACAUUUAUUUUUGUAGUCAAGAAAAUAUUUAUAAUAACAGCAAAUAAUAGUUUUCGCAUUUGAAUUUAGUUUUCAUAUAGAUCUAAACGAAAUUGAUUUUAAGGUAAAGUACAAAAAGCCAUCGAACAUUGAGGGUGCUAUUGUGUAUACAGGUGUGUACAAUAUGCGUACUUAGUACAGGUGUGUGUAUACGUAAUCAAUUAUUUUGUUAUACGUUUGUAUGUUUGACUGUGAUAAACUGUAGCUAUUCAUAAUUUAAUAAAAACAGUUUGUCAAAUUGUGUAA